CAAUUCCCGUGCCCUGCGCCGCGCAUAAUUCUCAUUAUUCCGCUGAUCCUAUAUAAGCCACGCCACGAUCACCCCAAAUUAAUCUGUCAGAGCAUCCUACGCAUUUGAGCUCCUGGUUUGGUUUACUGAAACCACUACAUACUCCUCCUCUGUAUCUGUAUUGUUCACUGAGAGAUAGAGAUAGACGAUAUAUAGAUGGACAGACCCCUCGCAUUGCUCGCCGUCCUGGCGGCGACGUCGUUCUUCGCGCCGGCGAAGGGCUGGAACUACGGGACGGCGACGUUCUACGGCGGCCGCGACGGCUCCGGCACAAUGGGUGGCGCGUGCGGGUAUGGCAACCUGUACCAGGCCGGGUACGGGACGAACACGGCGGCGCUGAGCUCGGUGCUGUUCAACGACGGCGCGGCGUGCGGUCAGUGCUACCUGGUGAUGUGCGACAGCAACGCGUCCCCCUGGUGCAGGCGCGGCGCCGCGGUGACCGUCACGGCCACCAACUUCUGCCCGCCCAACUGGGCGCAGCCCAGCAACAGCGGCGGCUGGUGCAACCCGCCGCGGCCGCACUUCGACAUGGCGCAGCCCGCCUGGGAGCGCAUCGGCGUCUACAGAGCCGGCAUCAUCCCCGUCCUGUACCAGCAGGUGACGUGCUGGAGGCAGGGAGGGAUCAGGAUCACCAUCGGAGGGUCCAGCUUCUUCCAGCUGGUGCAGUUCUCCAACGUGGCCGGCAGCGGCUCCAUCCGGUCCGUGUCUGUGAAGGGGACCAAGACCGGGUGGGUCGCGCUGAACCGCAACUGGGGCGCCAACUGGCAGUGCAACUCGGCGCUCUUCGGCCAGUCGCUCUCCUUCUCCGUCACCUCCACCGGCGGCCAGACGCUCUACAUGACCGACGUCGUGCCGUCGUGGUGGCAGAUCGGCAUGGCUUUCGGAAGCAACUAUAAUUUCUACUAAAUGAUACGGAUCAUUUGCCUAGCUCUAGCUCUAGCUCGGCCACCACGUACGUUGGGGUUGGGCCAAGUGCAGCUACUCAGCUAGCUAGGGAUGAUGUUUGUCCGCGAACCCGUAAAUAGGUUGUAAAAAUUAAACAUGUUUACGGGUCUGUGGACAGCAGGUGUAUAUUUAUUCUGAUCGCGUGAAUUGGGAAAUUUUUGUUCGUUAUUUUUUGGACUGCUCUGUACAUUUGUUGUCAGAAAAAAAGAAAAAUAUAUUAAUCAUCAUUUUCGGACUUAAAUGGGUCCAACAUGAAAAGGUUACAGUGCUUGUAUACUGUAGACGAUAAAUAAUGUAGCGCUGGUAUACUGUACUGUAUAUUGUUGCCAACUCUCCCAAUUGUGAGCACAAAAGUUUGGCAUAUACUUCCCCAAAAAAGGUUUACAAGAAGAACUUUAUUGAUCUGCUGCAGUCCAGGAAAGCUUACUCAGUCCAUAAAUAAUUGUGGCCGAGGAAAGAUAAAAUUAAGCCCUGGAUCGAUGUUCAGCCUACCGUUGAUGUUUGGCAAUAAAAACAAUAAAACGUCUACGGCCCAAAUCAGUGGAUUGGUGUUGUCUUUAAUGCAUAGCCCACUGCCCACCGUGAGAAAGCGACGAUAUUGGGCCCGUUAGUCUUCAGACAUACGGAUUGGGCCAGACGACCUGGGCCUUCACUACCGGUGCCAGGCCGUAAUCUUGCAUCCCUUUCCUUCCUUCUGAGCUCGGAUGAUGCCAUCAUUCGAGUUAAAAUAGACUUGGUAAACCAUAAACGAUUCACUCACAAAGCAGCCACCGUACCAUUUCAUUACGAAGAACAAGAACAACUCACGGAGCAGCGAUUUAUAAAAUGCAUCACUACCAAAUAAGUAGACUUAUUCAUACCAUACGAUUUCCAGAAGACCAAAGGCUCACAAUAGUUGUUGCUAUUGCUAACACAUUUUUUUCAUUUCUAGUAGGCAGCGUGGGCAGGCUUCACAAGUAAAAAUCUGGAAGCCUGCACUCUGCAACUAUGAAAAGGAGCAA